CAGGUCAGGCCAGGCCAGGCCAGGCCAGCACCUCUCGACUCACGAGUCGCGAUUCGCGACUUACAAAUCGCGCCUGCACUCUCGCUUCGACUUGGGUACCACCGACCUCCGAGGGAAACGCUACGCGCGCCUCACAUUGCUCACUCGUCUCACAUACAUAUGAGAGAUCUGUUUGCUCGCUGCCUGCUGCCUGUUGCUCAGGAUGCUGUGAGAGCGCACCGAGUCCAAUAGACAUGUCGUUGGCGCUGCCUUUCGUGGCUACAGCUGCAGUUGUGGGGCGCGGUGGUGGGACGGCGGGGUGCUGAUUGGGCGUUGAGGGGUGCAUCGUGCUGCAUGGUGGUGUGCUGUAGUGUAGCGAGAGACGUUGCAUGGGGAUAUGAGGCGGUGCAUUGGGCGUGCGAGUGAGGAGGGGUUGUGCUGGGGGUGUCUAGAGCCUCGUCUUGUAGUUUUUGCAUUGAAGUGUACGGUUCGAGUAAGCUGUUGUGAGUUUCUGAGCGAAUCUUUGUCUGGCGAUAUGAUGGUCGAUAUUGAGAAGCAGCAGGAUACACACGCAGAGAAUGCUGUUGUCGAGCAGAUACCGGCUGGGACGCCGUCGAGUCCGGCUGGUCCUGCGGCGAAUACGAAGAAGACUGCUACGAAGAAACUCACAAGGCUAUUUCGAAACAUGGUUCCAAAAUCGGUGCUUCCGGAGAACGAUAUUCUAGUCAAAGAACUGAAGGCGAGGAGGGAUUGUAUGUCUGCCAUUCCGCAGGAAAGUCUGCUCAAGGGAUAUCCAAGCGUUGCCGGUCAUAUGGGGCAAAAGCAUACGUCCGCCAUCUUUCGCCGAUUCAGUACUCUCAACGCUCAGAAUCUGUUGUAUAUGCAGGCCGAGCUAGUCGCUUUGGAGGGAGAGCUUCGUGAUGUAGAGAAGGAGGAUCAUUCAAGCGAUACAUCGCCUAGUUUCGAGUACGUCAGAGACUGGCAUUCGCUCAGUAAGUCAAAGAAAAAUGGGGAUGACAUACAACUCAGACUUGUGAUGCGAAUAAGGAAGGCUUUAAAAAAAUACAAUAAGGCUAUGUUACAGACGUCAGCUAUGCUAGCAUUGAGUCCACCAGCUCCCUACGAUAUAAGCGUGGUUCAAGAUUUUCUGUUCACUCAAGGAAACGACGCUUUGAUGGGCCACGACUCAGGAGUUUGGGGUAGCGUUCACACACCUUUCACUCAUGCUCCAGACUUGGUCGCCUUGAAGCCUCGUCAGACGGAGGAUAGUUUCUCAGUUUGGGUAGCUGAGAAGGCAUCCGGAUACUGGCUACAACUCCGUAGUCGCUGGCAUCGCAUGACUACCAAGGACACAUCUGAAACGCCACAAUUUCGAGUGACAGAUGCAAGUCUUUUGAGAGCGACAUACUGGAUCACAAGCAUUGUUGCAGCGCUUCUACCAGUUCUAUCAAUAGUUAUAUUGAUAUAUGUUGACAAGCUUCCCCAAAAGCUCGCUGUAAUCGGGUGCUUGAAUUUGGUAGUCUCGUUAUGUCUGACCAUAUUCACCAGCGCCAAACGCACGGAGGUAUUUUCCGUCACUGCUGCGUUUGCGGCCGUCCAAGUCGUCUUCGUUGGUGUGAAUCAAUGAUUGGGUCGAACGCGAUCCCCUCGUGUCCUCCAUAUCGCUUUGACUAUUCGAAUGCUGGUUCCGACGGUCUUCCAUUCUUCCCUGGGCAUUCUCAUCGUCUAAAGCUUUCUGUCGAGCGAUUACUUCCUCAUGGGUAGCUUUGAAAUUCCUGGCCGCUAUGCUUUGAUUAAGCAGCCAUAUGCCCUC